AUGGCCAAGGCAGCAGCGUGGUGCCUGGUGGUGCUGGCGGCGGUGGCGCUGGUGGCGGCGGAGGCAGAUCCCGGCCGCCCCUACUACAAGAGGCCCUACUCCUACAAUCAGCAUGGCAGCCACGGCUCCGUCGGGCACGGCUCAUCCUUCGGCCACGGCUCCGUCGGGCACGGCUCAUCCUUCGGCCACGGCUCCGUCGGCAUCGGCUCCGUAGGACACAGCGGCCAUUCUUCUCACGGACUGGGCACUGUCGGGCACGGAGGUCACACCUCUACCUUCGGUCACGGCGGCCGUGGCUCCGUGGGACACUUCGGCGGGAAGCUCGGCGGCCACGGCUCUUUCGGGCACCUAGGUGGCCGCGUGAAGGGAGUGCACGGCUAA